GUUUGUAUUAUAUUCGAGAUGAAUCUCUACGACUUGUUUUGUAUAGUCAAGAAGAAAGAAAAAGGGUUCUUAAAGAAUGUCAUAAUGAUGCUGGUAGGGCACACCAGAGAAUAGUAAGAACUCAAAAUAGAAUUAAAAAUUUGUACUAUUGGAUGUCAAUUACAUCUGAUGUUGAAGCAUGGGUUAAGUACUAUUUGCUUUUUACGAAGGCUAUAUGUUUAUUUUCUUAAUUAUAUAAAAAUAAUAAACAUGUAACCAUCAUUAUUAAUAUAAAAUUUAAAUGCAAUAUUGCAAUAAUAAUAUACACUAUAAAUUGUAUUAUUCUAAUUAAAUAAUAUAUAGUCUAUUAUAGAUCAAGACAUGUAAACAAUGUCAAUCAUUUGAAAAAAUAAAAACAAUUGUGCCACAACUACACCCAAUUCAGGUAACAGAAAGUUGGUCAGUUUUAGGAGUAGAUCUAAUUGGUCCAUUACCGGAAACAGUGAAUGGCAAUAAAUAUGUUUAACAAUAACAGAUUUGUUUACAAAAUGGAUUGUUGCUAGAGUAUUACCUGAAAAAUCUGCUGCUGCUGUAGCUAAUGCUUUAGUUAACACUUUUCAUACUUAUGGUCCACCAAAAUAAGUAAUUACAGAUCAAGGAAGAGAAUUUGUGAAUGAGCUUAACAAUAAAAUUUUUCAAUUAAUGGGUAUUAAACAUUCUGUGACAUCAGCAUACCAUCCUCAAAGUAAUGGUCAAGAUGAACGUACAAAUCAAAUUUUUAAACGUGCUUUAAGCAAGCAUACUAAUAAUGAGAUGAAUGACUGGGAUAGUUACACAUCUGCAAUUGCUUAUGGACUGAACAUAUCAUGCCAGAAAUCUACAAAGAUGACUCCGUUUUAUCUAAUGUAUUUAAGACAUCCUCCAGGUAUUGAGAUGAUAAAUGUUCUAAAUGAGACUGAUGAUUCUUUAAAUAGUAGUUUUCUUGAAAAAAUAUCUGACUCUACAGUAGAAAAGUUAGUUAAUGAUUGUGAGGCUGUUGAGUAAAAAGUUAGGGAAAAUAUAAAAAUUGCUCAAGAAAAGCAGUGUAAGCAACAUAUGAAAAAAGUUGCAAAAAAGGGUAUAAAGACAUUUACAUUUAAAAUAAAUGAUCAAGUGAUGAAGUUAAAUGCAAGAAAACGAGGUUGCAAAGGUGAGCCUUUAUCUAAGGAGUGGAUGGGACCAUAUACUCUAGCUGAUUUAAACAUAAAAGGUCAAUGCACUUUAAAAAACCUUAAUGGUGAAAUUUUAAAAACAAAAGUAAACGUUUCUCAGCUUAAACCUUAUUACCCAUGUCAAGACAUAGAAACUAAUAUUCAACAUUUAGAAGCAACUCAUUUAGAUUUGUCAUACAGUAGUUACCCUGCAACAAAUACAGUCAAAAAAUCUGAACCUGGUCAAAUAACAUCAUCACAAAAUCAAUUUUAUAUUAAAAACAUUGAGUCUAUUGAUACUUAUUCAUCCAAAAAUAGCAUUACAUUUAGUGUACCAAUAUCAGCAUUUGAGAGUAUAUUGAAUCAAAACAUGUUAGGAGAUAUUGAAAUUAAUGCUGCUCAAGUAAUAUUAAAAAAUCAAUUUCCUGAUAUUCAAGGUAUGCAAGACACCUUAUUAGGAACAAAUCUCAUGUUCCGUAUACAGUCACAGGAGAUGCUACAAAUUUUGCAUGACGGAUCUCUUCACUGGUUGUUGAUUAGCACACUUGGUUGCAGCGAUAGAGUCGUUAAAAUUUAUGACUCAAUGAAGACAGAAAUGCUAACUUUGCACGUACAAAAACAAAUUGCUUCAGUUAUAUCAUGUUCUAAAAAUACAGUUAUGUGUCAAUACCAAUCAUGUCAGCAACAAGUUGGAGGAAUUGACUGUAAUUUGUUUGCAAUUGCAAUUGCAGUAGAUAUUUGUAUGGGACAAAAUGUUGCAUCCAUUUCGUACAAUCAAUCUGCAAUGCACCAGCAUUUACACAAUUGCUUCAAAGCUAAGCAUUUUACAUCAUUUCCAAGAUCAUAUUCAGAAAGUACAGUUAAUAAAUGUGAAAGUUCUACAAUUGUUAAUGUUUGUUAAUGUUCCUCUAAUAUUGGAUUUGAAAAAUUAUUCAGUUUAAUAGAUGUGAAGCAGUCACAAACACAUAUUCAGAUAAAGUUAAUGCAUGAAAAUGUCUGUUGUGUAUUAUUUAAUAGUUUACUUUUAGUAUAGCUUUGAUUUAUUUUAGUUGUUUUUAUUUUAGUUCCAGUUUUCCUUUUUUUGUUAGUUGAAUGAGUUAUUUACGAUAGGUUUUCUCAAAAGAUUAUGCUAUUAUUUUCUCUUUUUUUUUAUUUAGACAUUCUAGUAUAUUUAAUGA